AGAACACUGUAUCCCACUUGGACAGCAGAGAGACGAUGAGACACGGCUGGGCGCUGGGCAUAUUGACUUUCCUGGUUAUCCUCAUCUCAUGUCCCAUGGAGUCAGACUGUGAAGAGGACUCCUACAACUCAAUAAUGCAGGUACAGACUGCUCUAGUAUUUAAAUUACAUUUCUAAGUCUAAGGUUUUGCCCUUUCCUCAAAUUGGGUCUUGUAGCCGUUGGUCUGUAGCUCACAAAAUAAAAAACAUUUAAAAUCAAUUUAACAAUGAAGUCAUUUUAUUGAUACAAACUCUCUGCUUUCCCAGGACAGCCCAUAUUACCUCAGCAGUGAUUUAACUCAUUCUAAGAGGUACAGGGACAUUCACGACGACACCUUUGUGGGUCUGAUGGGCAGGAGGAGUGCAGGUGAGAGUCUGGGACUCUGGGGUCCUAAAGAGCCUUUGUUUGCCAUCACUGGUAGCUGGCUCUUCAAUAUGGAUGGCCACAUGCAUUAUGGAUUUAUGCAGAUAUACAGUAGGUUUAUCGAAGGCAGCUUGUCUGUGACUAAUACAUCUGAAGACAAAUUCCGUAAAAUGCAGCAUUUAGAUGGACUCUUAACAGUGGUAACAACAUACUGUACAGUAAUAUGCAAUCAUUAUUUCCAGGUGUAAAUGCUCUACCGUCACGAAGAAGUAAGAUCAGUAAGUAAAAUUGUAUCCAACAUCUUGGACACAGUAUGUAAUGAUAAACACUGUUGCAUACAGUAUGUAAUGAUAAAGUUUUUAAAGAACAAGACUCCUCUUUUUCUGUAGGAGACAUGGAUGAUGUCUUUGUGGGCCUCCUGGGUCGCAGGAGCUCCGGGUCAGGUGAGUAACUAGCUACUAUAGGCUACACAGAGCUGAGGCUGGGUAGAGAGGGAAAGCAAAAGCUGGAGACAGUCUGUCCUCUAGUGGCACUUUGUGGAAUUCCUAAAUGCCAAAGUAGUUUAUGGCUAAAGAUUGCUGGGGAACAUGUUUACAAACUAAGCUUGUUUAACUUGUUGAUCUGUGCAUGUUGAUAGCCAUCCCUCAGCCCUGGAGGGAGGCGGCAUACCCACAGCCAAGCGGAGGCAUUCUCAUCAAGAAAGGGAGACUGAGGCAAGUAGGACUUUUACAUGAAAUGACCAAGCAGUACAAAAACAACACUCCAAAGUAAUCUGUGAUUGAGACCCAUAUCUGUUAGAGACCAUUAUGGUCUAAUAUGAAUUGAAUCUUCAUAUUAAACGAUUAAACAAUCACUAACAGAAAGCCUCUAAGAUUGUACUAGUUAUCAGCCCUGUGCUGGCUGGACUGUUGUGCUGCUGUUAGUGCUGCUCUGUCAUCUGAUCUGACCACUGAGUUUUGCGCUACAUUUUUUCUACUUCCAUCUCUGCUCAGGUUUGUACCC